CCGGCAGACAAUCGUAAAGCUGCUCGGGGGUCGCUCACCUGCUCCCGCCUCCCGGAGCCCCUACCGGGCCUGACCACUCCUGCCCCCUCCAUUGCCCGCCCCCUGCCCGAGCCGGGCCAGGAGCCGAGAGGUCCGAGAGGCCGAGGAAGGAUGCGGCCGGCAGCUGCGGUCCCGAGCCACGCACGGUGAUCGCCUCCUCCAGGGGAGGAGGCGCCUAGACCGUUGCCUCAUUUCUUGUUUUCCUCUCCCUCCCCCCCACCACCACCUCCCCGUAAUUACUUUGGCUGCUGGAAGGGACCUGGAGAGACAGAGGAGGCGCCUCGCAUCCCCCCUCUCGCCCGCCACCCGUGCUCUUUCCUGUCCCGGGUCAGGAUGACUGGAGUCUUUGACAGUCUGGUGGCUGAUAUGCACUCGACCCAGAUCACCGCCUCCAGCACGUACCACCAGCACCAGCAGCCCCCGAGCGGUGCCGGCGCCGGCCCUGGCGGCAACAGCAACAGCAGCAGCAGUAACGGCAGCCUGCACAAGCCCCAGGAGUCGCCGACCCUCCCGGUGUCCACGGCUACCGACAGCAGCUACUACACCAACCAGCAGCACCCGGCGGGCGGUGGCGGCGGCGGCGGCGGGGGGGCCUCGCCCUACGCGCACAUGGGCUCCUACCAGUACCACGCCAGCGGCCUCAACAACGUCUCCUACUCCGCCAAAAGCAGCUACGACCUGGGCUACACCGCCGCGUACACCUCCUAUGCGCCCUACGGAACCAGUUCGUCCCCAGUCAACAACGAGCCUGACAAGGAAGACCUCGAGCCUGAAAUCCGGAUAGUGAACGGGAAGCCAAAGAAAGUCCGCAAACCACGCACCAUCUACUCCAGUUUCCAGCUGGCGGCCCUUCAGCGGCGCUUCCAGAAGACCCAGUAUCUGGCGCUGCCAGAACGAGCCGAGCUGGCGGCUUCUCUGGGCCUCACCCAGACUCAGGUCAAAAUCUGGUUCCAGAACCGCCGAUCCAAGUUCAAGAAGAUGUGGAAAAGCGGUGAGAUCCCCACGGAGCAGCACCCCGGAGCCAGCGUUUCCCCACCUUGUGCCUCGCCGCCGGUCUCGGCGCCAGCCUCCUGGGACUUCGGCGCGCCGCCGCAGCGGAUGGGGGCCGGCGGCCCGGGCAGCGGGGGCAGUGGCGCGGGCAGCUCCGGCUCCAGCCCGAGCAGCGCCGCCUCGGCCUUCCUGGGAAACUACCCGUGGUAUCACCAGGCUUCCGGCUCCGCUUCGCACCUGCAGGCCACCGCGCCCCUGCUGCAUCCCUCGCAGACGCCGCAGGCGCACCACCACCACCACCACCACCACCACGCAGGCGGGGGCGCCCCGGUGAGCGCGGGGACGAUUUUCUAACCCCCGAGGAAAACGGCGCCAGAGACUUGAGAACUGAGAUGACGACACACGGUGUUGUUCUUCAGCGCGCGCCCCAAACAUAGCUAGAGGCUCGAUCCUCCCAGAUCCUCCCAGCCCGAGACUGGAAGUGGCGGCUGGGGGGAGGUGGGAGUGGCGUGGCCCUUCCACGGAAGGGGGCCACUUCUCGCAGUGCCACGGAGCAGCCGGGAGCAAGGAGGCCUUGGGGGAUCCUCUAGUGCCAAGCCCGGCGGCCCUGGCCGCAAUUCCGACAUGAGCCCCGGCCACUUUUCGGCCCACCUCGGACUUGUGGCCCCUUCCCAGCUCUCCUAGCGUGAUCCUCGGGGUCCUGGGUCUCUCGGGGCCCUGAGCUGGGGGUCAGGCGCCGGGACGCCUCGCCAGCCCUCGAGGCUUCCCAGCACUCAGAGGUUCCUUUCUAAGCCUCGCUGCCCCAGGGCUCAGCUCCAGCCAGCUUCGGUUAUUGACCUCCCGGGUCCUGCCCUCCCCCACCCCCACGUACCCCCUUGACCCCCAGGAUCCCGCCGUUUUUUUUUUUUUCUCCCUUGCUGGGGGCGCGGGGGGCAGGGGAGGUGUUCUAGCCCUCGCAACCCAGAUCCCGUCCCUCUUUCCCCAGGAACAUUCCCAUGGCUCCUCAUCCAUCACCAGUGGAGUUUUUUUAUUUUUAUUUUUUUAAAAGUUUAGGUGCCUUUGCGGAUGACCUCAUUUUGAUGUUUAAAAAAAAACUGAUUUUUUUAAUAUGUGGACGCUGCAAAAAAUGUGUUUAAAUUAUCUUUUUUAAGAUGAAUUAAGGACUAUUAGCCCGGACUUCGACACAGAGUUUGUAAAUAAGGGUGUCUGUGCAGAUUUCCCCACGUUUAUUUGUAUAAAAUUCCUCAUCUUUUCAGACGUUUUUGUAAACGGCCCCCAGUUGUGAAAACUGCAAUUUAGCAGUGACCUCAGCAACCUCUUCGUUUUAUUUUUUUUCCCCUCUGAAAAUUUUUCUCAGUUAAAUUAAGCUACUGAUUUGAAUUUGUUUUUAUCGUGUCCUAAAGUCUUUGUUCUUGAAAUGCAAGGUAUUUGGGGGUUAUUUAUUAUGAAAGCAACAUACUCUUAAUGUUGAUUUUACACUAUGAAGAGAUUAUUUAAAUAAAUUAUUGUUUUCAUUGGA